UCCCCGGCAACGCGUUAGCCAUCUUGUUCUUCGGUUAGGUUGCUAAGUAAAGAAAACAGCUUUGAUUCGGAGAAAUACAUUUUAAUACUUGGAUGAUUCGAAUUCGCGCACUUCAUAUUUAAUUUGAUGUUUAAUGUGAUAUUCCUUGAUUUAUAUUUGGAUGAAACCGUUUUAAUGGCGCUGUAGUCGGCGCUGUCCGUGUCGUUGUGUAGGCAGCUAGGUUAGCUCCUCAGCUAGCUCCGCAGCUAGGUUAGCUCCUCAGCUAGGUUAGCUCCUCAGUUAGCUCCGCAGCUAACCGCUCAUUUCCCGCUUUUGGCCGUUAUGGCAGGGACGCAGCAGCGCGAGGCCGUGACCAAACCGACCACCGGUAAACAUGGAAAUGUUUUGCCGUUGUGGGGUAACGAGAAGACUAUGAACCUGAACCCCAUGAUUCUCACAAAUGUGCUAUCGUCUCCGUAUUUCAAGGUUCAGUUGUACGAACUGAAGACCUACCAUGAGGUUGUGGACGAGAUCUACUUCAAGGUAACCCACGUGGAGCCGUGGGAGAAGGGCAGUCGGAAGACCGCGGGACAGACUGGAAUGUGCGGAGGGGUGCGCGGUGUAGGUACUGGAGGCAUCGUCUCCACUGCUUUCUGUUUAUUGUACAAGCUGUUCACAUUGAAGCUGACCCGCAAGCAGGUGAUGGGGCUCAUCACACACACAGACUCGCCCUACAUCAGAGCCCUCGGCUUUAUGUACAUAAGAUAUACUCAGCCCCCUGCAGACCUGGUCGAGUGGUUUGAACCCUUCCUAGAUGAUGAAGAGGAGCUGGACGUGAAGGCUGGCGGCGGGUGUGUGAUGACGGUGGGGGAGAUGCUGCGCUCCUUCCUCACCAAGCUGGAGUGGUUCUCCACACUCUUCCCCAGGAUCCCAGUGCCCGUGCAGAAGAUGAUCGACCAGCAGAUGAAGGCCCGGCCACGCAAACUCCCGCAGAAGGAAACCAAAGAGGAGGAGGAGGAGGACAGCGACCGGCGCCGCUCCAGAAGCCCUCGUAGAAGCCCGACCCCGCGAAGAUCGCCAAACCGCUCCCGCAGUCACAGUCGGCACCGGGAGCGCCGCGCUGCCAGCUUCGAACGCGACGUAGACCGGGAGAGGGACCGCCAGCGAAAAGAGAGAGAGGGCAAAGACAGAGACAGGGAUAGGGACAGGGACAGGGCUGCGGAAAGGGAACGUCGGCGCUCCAGGAGUCUGGAUCGAGGUGCAGAGCGGCGCAGGAGCCGCAGCAGAGACCGGCGACGGAGUCACAGCUCCACACGCGAGAAGCGGAGCGAGAGGAAAGAGCGGGAGAAGGAGCGGGAGAGUGAGAGCGAGCGAGAGCGUUCCCGCCGCAAGGAACGUGAGCACAAAGAGCGGGCGAGCGGAGGAGAGAGAGAGAGGGAGCGCUCCAAAGACCAGAGGAGCAAGGGGGAGGGGGAGGAGAGGAGACACCGUGAGGAUCGCAAGAGUAAGCACUCCAGCCGGAGCCGCAGCAGGGAGAAGAGGCACAAAUCUGAGCGUUCCAGCCGGAGUCGGAGCCGGGAAAAGAGGCACAAAUCUGAGCGUUCCAGCCGGAGCCGGAGCCGGGAAAAGAGGCAUAAAUCCGAGCGCUCCAGCCGGAAGCACUCCCGAUCGCGCUCCCGGAGCCGACAGGACUGCGGAGAGGAAAAGAGCAGGAAAUGUGAGCGUAGCAAGGAGCGUCCCCACCGCCGAGAGCCCAGCAACGGACGGGAACAGCCCAGGAGUGCCAGCCCCGAGCCAGACGACGGAACACAUGGGAGCCGGGCGGGGUCACCUUGAGCGCCAUGCCCUGCCAUGCCCCUCCUACUGCCAUGCCCCCUUCUCUCUCUCUCUCUCUCUCUCUCUCUCUCUCUCUCACUCCCAGGACCUCAGCAAACAGCUUUGUUUCCCUGCUUCAUUUAGAUCACUCAGUCUGUUCUGUUCCUUCAGCAAGAGUAAUUCUCUGAGCCAGCCCUCCUCAUCAUGGACACGAUAAAUUGAAAAAGCAAAAACGAAAAAAAAAGCUUUUUAAAUGUUUCUCUUAUUUUUGUUUUCAGGAGAACUUCCAAAAAGGUUUUGUACAUAGUGUGGGGGAAUGUUUUAACCGUAGAGGACCUGCACACCAGGUGUUGCUGGUGGCCUGACCGCGGCGCGGAUCUGCUGAGAGAGUUCUGUGUUUGGGUCAUUUCUCUGUUGCAUCUCACUUCCUAAUAAAAAUCUUGUAUGAAAAGGAA